AUGGUUGCACGCCUCGCCCUGCUCCUCGUGCUACGCUGCAGCGCCUGGCAUGCGCCCACGCGUGUGAGGUAUAUGCGCCCACUGAGUGCAGCGCCUGAUGCUGAAGCACUGGCCGAGCUGCGCGUGCCCGACCUCAAGGACCAAUGCCGCGCGCUGGGCCUGCCCGUCAGCGGCACGAAGGCGGUCCUGAUCGAACGGAUCCUCGAGGCCGACGGCGCGCCGGCGGCGACCGCGGACGCGGCGGACGCGGCCGCCGCCGCGAUCGACGACGCCGGCGUCGCGCACCCGGCGGAGCUCGAGGCCACGGCGCCGCUCGCGCCGAAGACCGGCUUCCGCGCCGGCUUCGUCGGUGUCGUGGGCUCGCCGAACGUCGGGAAAUCCACAAUCACCAACGCCUUGUUGGGAGAGGACCUCUGCGUGACGACGUCCAAAGCCCAGACGACGCGGCACCGCAUCCUGGGCGUCGUGACGGCCGACGCCUACCAGCUCGUCCUGUCGGACACGCCGGGGAUUUUAGAAAGGCCGGCCUACGAGCUCCAGGAGCGCAUGAUGGUCGCGGCCAAGGCGGCGGCGCGCGACGCCGAGUGCCUCCUCUUCGUCACGGACAUCUUUCAAGACGAAGAAGAAGUAAGAGACGCCUACGCGUGGAUGGAGGAGCUCCUGCCCGCGCAGCGGCCGCCUGUUGUGGUUGCGCUGAACAAGGUCGACCUGCUCGAGGAGGGCCUCCUCGGCGACCGCGCCGCAAGUAGAGUAGGGACCCUCGAGGAUUGUGUCGAGAGAACGAAAGCCAGCUGCCCCGCGGCGUGCGCGGUCGUGCCGGUCUCGGGCCUGGCCAGGGACAACAUCGACGACCUAGCCCAAACGCUCGCCUCAAACCUGCCUCCGUCAAACUACCUCUACGACCCCGACUUCUUCACGGACCGGCCGCAGCGCUUCUUCGUGGGCGAGAUCAUCCGCGAGCAGAUCCUGGAGCAGUUCUCCAAAGAAAUCCCCUACUCGUGCGAGGUCCGCGUCGACCGCUUCAAGGAGCGGACCAAGGACGGCCGGCCCUUCGUGGCCAUCGACGCCGUCGUCCUCGUCGCGCGCGACUCGCAGAAGGGCAUCUUGAUCGGCAAAAGAGGCAGGGGCAUUAGGGACCUGGGCACGGCGGCGCGGCGGCGGCUCGAGGACUUCCUCGGCGCCAAGGUCCACCUGGCCCUGCGCGUCAAGGUGUCCAAGGAGUGGCGCUCCGACGACGCGAAGCUGCGGCAGAUGGGCUACCCCAGCUAA